GUAUCUCCAACACAAUACUCCUACCAUUUCAGUCGCCUACUCAAAGGCAGGUGGACUCAGGUUACAGGGUACAGCCAACCAGUACUCAAUUUUCACAUCACAGCUCGAGAACAUUUCUUGUCAGUGAGAUGGAGCAGAUCCCAUCAGAUGAAGAAGUUUGUGUGGCAUCGCUGGCUGACCGAGACUCAGUCGUGGCGAUAGACGAAGAUGUUUUUGACGGCACCGACUUCCUCGCUGCCACCUACCCCUCUCUUGUGGAAGGACCAGGCACGCGUGGCUAUAUCCUCAAAAAAGAGUGCAAAACUAUUGCAUUUUUGAACACUCAGCUGAUAGACGGAGGAAGGACGCUGUUACAAAGUACAGGAAGAGUGGCGCCUGAAUACAGAGGAACUGGAGUCUUAGGGAGAUUUCGUAGACUAAUUCGAAACAAAUAUAUCGGGACACCUAACCUUUGCUACAUUGCCUUUACAGUCUCUGACCUCAUCAUGACAGCAACUGGACAGAAGCUCCUAAGGACUAACAGACAGGUCACCGAAAAAGUAUGUUACACUUUGAGAAUGUUACAAAAUAUGUUAUAGAAAUA